CACAUACCGUGGUGUAAUUUGGGAGAACAAGGCAACAAUCCAUUGGCAUCUCGAGCCGAUAUACUUCGCGCGCGAGAGGGUUGCGGAGCUUUCGAAAGUCGCUCAGGAGAAAGAAGUUCAAGCUCAUCUAGAACAACUUUGUAAGCUUAUCAAUGACGAACUGGGCCCUACCAUCGAUGAAGUCGAAGACCUCGAGAAGCAUAAUCAGAUCACACAUGCUUUGGUUUGGACCUUGUUCCCCAAAGGGACAAUUGCCGUGGAAAAUGGCAGCAGAAAGCAAAAGCCGCAGUCUGUAUACCGCGUUCUUCAAAGCACCAGAAUGGCCUCUUCAAGUUCAAACUUCAAAGUCAAGGUCGAAUAUGUCAGGUUCGAUGGGAUCCGCUACCGAAUCAAUGAGAUGACACUCAGAAUCCCCUUCUUUGAAGGAAAGAAACCGAUCAAUACUCUUACCUACUACCCAAUUGAUGCCGCGACUGGUCCUAAAUUGCUUAAGGAACAAUUUUGCGCUCGCGGACGGCGGGCACUUGAUUUCCAGGGUAUUGAGUACAUGCGGUUUCAGGAUCUAGGCAAUGAUGGACAGGGCAUUCCAGGCGAUCCAGGGGGUAACCUUACGGGCAACUUGAUCCAGACUCGUGUCAUAAUUGAUUUCUUCGGAUUCCGCAAAUGUAUUUUUGAUCCCAUUAGCGGAGAGCUUCUGCCGGGCUAUAAGAAGGUUGAAAAGAGAAAACACGAUCGUGGUGGCCAAUUUGAUUCAUCCGCGCUCGAUCCACCCAGCGAGAAUAAUUCUAACUCCGCCGACCCGGAGCAAAGCAACAGAAAGAAAACUGCAGAAUCGUCUGUAAAGACGAGGUUUGCCUUCACAUUAUGUUCCCCUAUACUGGAGGCUUUCCUCUCUCCUCGAAAUCCUGGAGGGGUUUCCAGAACGAUGAAAUAUUUCCUCUACAUUUGACUGAUGAAGCCAACAACCACCUCGUCUACCCAGAACAAAACAAAGAUCUUGUAUGAUCCCUUGUGCAACAUCACAAAGGUCACCCGAAAAGAAGCGACGAUGUGAUAGCGGGUAAAGGCCGAGGUCUUCUCGUCUUACUUUCAGGACCUCCAGGCACUGGGAAGACUUUGAUGGCCGAAGCAAUCGCUGACAAGAUCCGGUUGCCGUUAUAUCAUGUUGCUGCGAGCGAGAUGGGGACACCCACUUUGGUCGACCCCGCUUUCGACGAUAUA